AUGGUGCGAGCAGGGAAAAGGCAAAGAAAGGUCUGCCUGCCCUCACCUCACAUCACCUCACCUCAGCGCCUUUCAUCCCUCGUCCACUCUGCAGCGCCCCAGCACCUCCAUCAGCGCAACCGCACCAAAUACCGACGAAGCCGCGGUCGCGCUCGCUCAGCUUCUUCGAGCAGAGAUACAUCGACGCACAGCGAACGCGAAAGCGAAAGCGAAAGCGAAGACGAAAGCGAACCUCGGUGGGAGCGAAAUCACCAGUCCAGCCCAGCCCAGCCCAGCCCAGAUCACAAGGGACAAUAAGGGACAAGGGCUAGGCUAG